AUGUAUGGCUCGGUAGGAACCAAUUCUGGACUUGGCUCUUCUUCUUCGUACCGUGGCUGCGAGCCAAACGUGAUAGGAGGUUCCAGUCCAUCCUUGCCGGCUUCAGUCUCGAAAUGGAAGUCGGUGUCUAUUUCUGUGUCGUCACCAAAUUGGAUCAUGUUGUACAGAUCAUCCAGCUCUUCUUGUUCCAUACCGAAUUCCUUCACAAUUGGCUCGUCUGAUCUCUCACUGUUGAUCAUCUCCACGAUAGAUCUGUUGAAAGAAUCCGAGUGGACGAUCGAGGUUGGUCCAGAUUUAGGAGAUCUCAAGGAUCUCAUAGACCGUGACCGUUCGAGCGUUACAAUACUCUCAAUCUCAUCAGCACCCAAACUUUUAGGGAAGAUAGACUCACCGGCAAGAAGUCUCGUGAAACUGUCGUCUCUCUUCAUAUGCGAGAAGUUGCCGCUUCUUUCUGGAGCCAAUGUUGGCUUUUCUGGGCUUUGGAAGCUGAAAUUCACCGGAGAUGGAGUGUCAAGACGGUAA